ACAGUCCUUAGGAGCAUUCCUAAUGGAGGUUGCGGCGGGACGAGGCUUGGAUUUUGGCACAAGGCUGGCGGCUAACUCCUUCGAGCCGCUUUCUUGGCAGCCGUGCUAUUUUUUGACACGCAGCGUAUGCCCCCGGUCCCUGUUUCUUGUUCUCCACAUGAUACGCUUCCUCAUUCGGCAGGCACCUGCUCUCACUUCCAAGAUGCAACACCUGUUGAGCGCCCGGCACUGUACCUGCGUUGGUGCGUGCAACAUGGAGAUCUGGCAAGGUCACGGCACAGUACCGCACCAUUCCCUAAGCGAGAGGACCAAGAGAUCCAGAUGGGAAUUCACAGAUGCUGCUACCUGCUGGUUCUACGCUACUGUUGUUGUCUCUUUCCCAUUUUCUGUUCUCGCUUAACAGCACUGCCAUUACCGCCAAAGCUGUCGUCGACAAUGCCGGCUACUCGAGCUACCCCUGCUCUGUUAGCACACACUGCUACCUACACUAGUGUAGUGCACUACCCUUCCUCCCCCCCCCUUGUCCGGGGCCCUGGAGUAACUAGUGUAGGCGCCACCUUUGACAGCAAGGCCUGUUGUAGCCGCCCGCCUCUCAAACAGACGCCAUCCCGAAACCCUGCCAGCCAUUAGCAGUGGCCGCUGGCCGCUCUAUGAGGUCAUUCGGAUACACAUGCAAGCUCUGAAGCAGUUCUCUCUCUAUUCUGCCAUUGUUUCAGAUCUCUGCACCCCGGUCUUGCGUACCUUAGCUUAGGUUAUCUCUUGGACCCACCACGGCGGCCACUGGGCUCGCAGUCGUUCCUUCAACCUGGAUAUAGUAUAAGUCGACCGCCUUCUCCUCGUCUCUCAGGCCGGCCAUCAAGCCAGUCUUUCAGUCCUCGAGCCU